AUGAAGCGCACCGCAAGGGAACCGAUAUCCAGCCCCGCAAGGAAGAGGUUUAAGGUGUCCAGCUUCCCUUUCACGUCGCUGCCCGUAGAGCUGCGCGAGCUGAUCUUCGAGUACGUCGUCGAGUCUCCAGAGGUUCUCAUACUGCCGAAAUACUGGCUCGACGACCAGCUCUACGGCUUUCCUCGCCGCCGCCUCUCCCUCUGCCACGUCCCAGCCGGCUGCAACGAUCUCAAAGACUCAAACGCCCUGACUCUCCGGAACACCCCUUACGGCACCCAAAGCGCGCUCCGGCAAAAGUACCGCCUCGCCAUGGUGUAUCCGGAGUUCUGCCGCAAAUGCAAGAGCCCAGAGUGUGUGCCGAGCGGUACCGUGUACCGCGACCCGCUGCUCGUCUCGAAGGCGUUCCUCGCCGAGUACGGAAAAGUGUUCUACCGACGAACAACAUUCGUGUUCAACAGCGGCAGGACGCUUAACGCCUUUAUCAACCACACUCGCGCCAUCGAUCUGCAAGAAGUCCGAACACUUCGCAUCUACUUCGGGCGGACGUUUGAGUACCUGGCGGAGAUGUUGUGCUUGGAUCCGGACUGGAUGGCCAAGGGUGCCCACACGGACUGCGAAGAUCAAAAGCGGUUCGGCGAGGACAGCUGGGACGAAGACAUCGAGAUACGUCUGCUUUCCGGCCUGAGGGACCUGUCGUUGGUCAAUGUCGUUGGGGAUAAAGCAUGGAAGGGUGUCUUGUUGACUGUUUCAGACAUGAAGUGGACGGAUGGGAGAUGGUCAGGAAAAGUGCUGGUGCCGUCGGAAGAGAUCUCCCCGCUCGAAAGCAUCUACCGGAACUUCUUUUCUACAUUUUAUGAGUUCAGUCGCCUCAACAUUCGGCAGGUGACGGUCGACGUCGACUGUGCCUGGUUUGAACAUAGCCAACCGACGCAGGAGCAGCUGGAGAGAUGGCGUUUGACGGAUGAGGACAAGGAGGAGUACAAGGCUAAGCUGUUGAAAAUAGUGACUGGGGGGAAUGAAGCAUAA